CACCACAAACUGUGUACACAUUUUCUGCUAAAAACCCAAAUUUAUUUGAUUCUGUUCUCACCAUUCUCUCUCUCUCUCUCUCUCUCUCUCUCUCUCUAAAUCUUUACUACAAUGAACCCAUCAACCCCCAGAAACUGUUUACACUUUUGCUGCUAAAAACCCAAUUCGACUAGAUGAUGUUCGUCACCAAUAUGCAUCCAAGAAAGGUUCUUGUUUUCUUGUUCUUCUUCUUUCUCUUCCAAUUCUCACACCCACCAUUGGUAUUAUCAUUAGCAGAGAACGCGAGUUUCGAUUUCUCACACCUCACCCUCCGCAACCUCACUCUCCUCGGCGACUCCUACCUCCGGAACGGCGUCAUCGGACUCACCCGAGAGCUCGGCGUGCCGUCGUCCAGCUCCGGCACUCUCAUCUACAACCGCCCAAUUCCCUUCUUCGACCCCCAAUCCAACACCACACCUUCUUUCUCCACAAGAUUCUCUUUUUCCAUCAACAACGUCAAUCCCGCAUCGUUUGGCGAUGGCUUGACCUUCUUUCUCUCUCCUGACAACCAGACUCUGGGAAGCCCAGGUGGGUACUUGGGUCUUGUCAAUUCCUCCCAAUUGACCAAGAACAGGUUUGUGGCCGUCGAAUUCGACACCAAACUCGAUUUGCAUUUCGAUGACCCGAGUAACCACCAUGUUGGUCUGGACAUUGACAGCCUCAAAUCCAUCAAAACUGCUGAUACCACGUUGCAGCAAAUCGAUCUCAAGAGUGGGAAACUGAUCACGGCUUGGAUUGAUUACAAGAAUGAUCAGAGGGCAUUGGAUGUGUUCUUGAGUUAUUCAAGUUUCAAGCCUGCAAAGCCUCUGUUAAAGGUUGAUAUUGACCUCUCUGGGUAUCUCUCAGAGUUCAUGUUUGUGGGUUUUUCAGCAUCCACAGAGGGAAGCACGGAGCUUCACAUGAUUGAGAAAUGGAGCUUUAAGACUUUUGGGUUUCACCCAAUGAGACCAAGGAUUCAUCCUCACAAUGUGUCUGACAGUUCUGUGCCAUUAACGCCGCCAAUUCCAGUCUCUGAUUCGGCCAACAGGCAUCACAAGAGGCUCGGCUUGGGUCUUGUGAUUGCCGGUCCGGCCUUCUUUUGCGCGGUUUUGGUUGUUUUUGGUUGGAUUUCGAUAAAGAAAUGGAGGGGUAUUAGAACACAAAAGAGCUUCAAAGCAGAGCUUGUGACAGGGCCAAGACAAUUCAGCUACAAAGAGCUGCAAAUAGCCACAAGAGGGUUUCAUUCUAGCAGGAUCAUAGGCCAUGGAGCAUUUGGGACUGUCUACAAAGCCUUCAUCAGUUCUUCGGGUACUAUUUCAGCUGUGAAAAGAUCGAAACACGCCCACGAAGGUAAAACCGAAUUCCUAGCUGAAUUGUCAAUUAUAGCUUGUUUGAGGCACAAAAAUUUGAUUCAGCUUCAAGGUUGGUGUGCUGAGAAAAAUGAAUUGUUGCUCGUUUAUGAGUUUAUGCCCAAUGGGAGUCUUGAUAGGGUGUUGUAUCAUGAUUCUGAGCAACGCAAUCCGCUGGAAUGGACUCAAAGAUAUAACAUUGUAAUUGGGUUGGCCUCAGUUUUGACAUACCUGCAUCAAGAAUGUGAGCAACAAGUGAUUCAUAGAGACAUAAAGACUAGUAAUAUAAUGCUGGACUCGAACUUCAACCCGAGGCUCGGAGAUUUCGGAUUGGCUAGGCUGAUGGAUCAUGACAAGAGUCCUGUCUCAACCCUCACUGCUGGAACAAUGGGGUACUUGGCUCCUGAGUAUCUGCAGUAUGGGAAGGCGACAGAGAUGACCGAUGUUUUUAGCUUCGGUGUGGUGAUACUUGAGGUGGCUUGUGGGAAAAGGCCAAUUGAGAGAGAGCCAAAUAGUCACAAAAUGGUGAACUUGGUUGAUCAUGUUUGGGGAUUGUAUUCGGAGGGGAAGAUCCUCGAUGCAGCGGAUAAAAGGAUGAAUGGGGAGUUCGAGGAGGAUGCAAUGAAGAAGCUUUUGCUUGUGGGGUUAAGCUGCGCUAAUCCUGAUAGCUCGGAGAGGCCUUCGAUGAGGAGAGUUUUGCAGAUCCUGAUCAAUGAGGCUGAGGCAGUUGUGGUGCCGAAGAUGAAGCCCAGUCUCACUUUCUCUUGUAGCUUGUUGCCUUUGAGUCUCAAGGACAUAGUUUCAGAUGAUGAAGAAAGUCAAAUAGUUUCAGAUGAUGAAGAAAGUCAAACUCCUGAAGCAGUGCUUGACAUCAAAGGCAAUUAAACUGAGAUCUCAUGUCUGUUAUGCAGUGUAAGCUAGAGCUUUGGAUUCUUUCAAUUCUUUUAUAUUUAGUGUAGUUAUGCAGUGCAAGUUAGGUUUUUGUUUUUUUGUUUUUUUUUUUUUGUUUUUGAAAUAAUAUUACUGUUGUUUACUUGAGCUAUUAAGAAAGACUAUUUGAGUUCACUGGACCAGUUCAAAACUACCAUUGAACUAUUUGGUCUUCUGCUGUAUCUUGAGCAUUCAUAAUGUGUAUUUGAAAUCCAUUACAUUUCACCCAAUUUACAAGUUUCUUAGCUCUAACUCU